AUGGCUUCAGACCUCGUCAAAAAACUCGACUCCGUCGAGCGAGCCGAUUUCGAAUCGGACAGUGAUCGAUUCGCUGUCAAGGAGGCAGCUCGUCGCCUCCUCUCGCGGCUCGAGACACCUUUUGAGCAAGGCUGGGCCAUUGACUUUGAAAACCCGGGCCUCAUUGCUGGCCUCCAGAUGGUGCAAGACUUGGGCAUAUGGACACAAUGGACAGAGGCAGACAAGCAGCGCCCUGGCUCGAGGAGAACGCUUGAUGAGCUUCUGGGCUGGGCCACUGCAGCAUGCGAACCCGAUCUGCUCCGUCGAUUGCUUCGACACAUUGCCGCCCUCCAUCUGCUCGAGGAGGUGGACGUGGACACAUGGAAGCCAACGCCAUUCUCGCUUCACAUGGGAGCCAAGGAGACAUAUGUGGGGGAUAUUGUCAAAGCUGGACUAGAUCAUGCGAUUCCAUGUGGAAACAACCUCGCACGCUUUCUUCGGAAGAAUCAGUACAAAGAGCCACUCGACAUACCCUCCUUUGACAACUAUCGGGACGUAUUUGGGGACGAUUUCUUCACCUACGUCCAAGCCCAUCCCGAAGCGGGAGGCUCAUUUCAGGGUGUCAUGACCGCUCUGACCCAUUACAAGAUGAUCUGGACCGACGUUUAUGAUACAAAGCCGCUCGUAGCUGGUGCUGACUUGAGCAAGCCUCUCUUCGUCGACGUCGGCGGCGCCCAGGGCCUCGACACGCAAAGCUUGCUAGAUCGUCACCCAGAUCUCCCCGCCAAUGUUGGCCUCAUCGUCCAGGAUCUGCCAGAGGUUAUCACCACACACAGCAAAGAAUCGCUGGACAGCCGCAUCCGCAAGAUGGCCCACGACUUCUUCCAGCCGCAGCCCGUGGUGGGCGCGCGCGCCUACUUCUUCCACUCUGUGCCGCAUGACUGGCCCGACGCCGACGUGGCGCGCAUGCUUGCUCAGAUAAAGAGUGUCAUGACGCCGGGAUAUUCGAAACUUUUAAUCUACGAGGUGGUGCUGCCUGCGCGGGGCGCGACGCACCUGAUGACGACGUUGGAUCUGGCGUUGAUGAGUUGCACGAGUGGACUGGAGAGGACGGAGGGGGCGUGGCGGGGAUUGUUGGAUGCAGAGGGCUUCAAGAUUGUGAGCAUAUCGAGACAUCCAAGGGCGGUGGAGAGUGUCAUUGAGGUGGAAGUCGCUUAG